AUGAGCUCAUUCGAGAACUUGCUAUUACUACGCUUUCUGGAGACACUAACAGCCAAAUAUGCUCAGCCUAUGUUCACCAACGCUGCCAAGGACAACAACUUCAACAUAUACAGUGCAGAACGUGGCGCACCAGAGAACAAAGGCGAUACGCUUGAGGCAGUCCACCCUGUUAUCCGCACGAACCCGGUCACAGGUUGGAAGUCUGUCUUCGCAGUUGGCCAGCACGCUCAGAGCAUUCAUGGGCUCAGUGAAGCCGAGAGCCAACACUUCCUCAACUGGUUCACUAGUCUUAUCAUGGAGAACCAUGACUUGCAGGUCCGAUUCAAGUGGAAAGACAUCAACGACGUGGCAAUCUGGGAUAAUAGAAGCACAUACCAUGCAGCAACGCCGGAUUAUAUCUACGAGAAAGAACUCGGAGAAAGAUACGGUAGUCGCGCAGUUAGUGUUGGAGAGAAGCCGUACUUGGAUCCACAGAGCACGGGAAGAAGGCAGGCAUUAUAUGCAGAGAACCACCAAGCGGCCACGGCAUCGUAG